GGCUGGUGGGAGUGGGAGAGGGAGUUUCGGGUGUUUGGUCGCUUCAGUAAGAGUAAGAGUGCCGGUGGUGGUGCGUUAUAUUUUCAUGGUGGGAGAGGUGGAGAAGAAGAGGGUAAUGCGACUGGGAAAGUACGAGCUCGGAAGAACUCUGGGAGAAGGGAAUUUCGCAAAGGUCAAAUACGCCAUUCACCUCGACUCCGGCCAUGAAUUUGCCGUUAAGAUCUUAAAUAAAAAGAAGAUCCUCGAUCUCAAAAUCAGCAAUCAGAUAAAGAGAGAAAUCGGGACCCUCAAACUCCUGAAACACCCGAACGUGGUUAGAUUGCAUGAGGUUUUGGCAAGCAAGACGAAGAUUUACAUGGUCCUUGAAUAUGUGAAUGGUGGUGAAUUAUUUGACAGAAUUGCAUCGAAAGGGAGGCUCACAGAAGCUGAAGGCCGAAGACUCUUCCAACAGUUAAUUGAUGGUGUGAGCUAUUGCCAUGACAAAGGUGUCUUCCACAGGGAUUUGAAGCCUGAAAACGUUCUUGUUGAUACCAAAGGAAACAUCAAGAUAUCUGAUUUUGGCCUCAGUGCUUUACCUCAACAUUAUAGGGAUGACGGGUUACUGCAUACAACAUGUGGGAGUCCUAAUUAUGUUGCCCCAGAGGUUCUUGCGAACAGAGGUUACGACGGUGCUAUGUCUGAUCUUUGGUCAUGUGGGGUUAUAUUGUAUGUGAUUCUUAUAGGGUACCUUCCUUUUGAUGAUCGAAACCUUGCUGUUCUUUACCAGAAGAUAUUCAAAGGAGAUGUUCAGAUACCCAAAUGGCUCUCACCUAGUGCUAAAAACUUGAUAAAGAAGAUGCUCGACCCUAAUCCACAGACUCGGAUCUCCAUGGCAGAGAUUAAAGCCAAUGACUGGUUUAAUCGAGAUUACGUCCCUGCUAAUCCUUAUGAUGAGGAGGAAGACAUCUUCAUUGAUGCAGAAGCUUUCUCUAUGCAAGGGGUGACAGCGGAUAAAGAGGAAGACCCUGGUUUACCCACUCUAAUCAAUGCUUUUCAGCUAAUUGGAAUGUCAUCUUGUUUGGAUCUCUCUGGUUUCUUUGAGAAAGAGGAAGCCUCUGAGAGAAAGAUCAUGUUCACGUCUAAUUAUUCAUCAAAAGACUUACUUGAGAAGAUUGAAGAUAUCGUCACAGAAAUGGGAUUCCUAGUCCAAAAAAGAAAAGGAAAGCUGAAGGUAAUGCAAGAGAACAAAGGUCAUAAGAGACCCGGUAGCCUUUCAGUUGCAGCAGAGGUGUUUAAGAUAAGCAAAUCUUUGUAUGUAGUGGAAUUGAGAAAAGCAUAUGGGGAUCCUAUGUCGUACAGGCAGUUGUGUUCAAAGCUGUCGAAUGAACUAGGCGUCAGACAAGAGAUUUUGGCCACACAAGUGUGAAUUCCAGAGUUCUUUAGCUUAGGCCAGAAAUUGUAAAAUUCUUUUUUAUUUUUUUAUUU